UCAAUGUGUCAAUGUGUGCAAAAUUUUCAUGCACCAUUUCAAGCAAUUUCAAGUUUUUAAUUUUUCAAAGUGUAAACUCAAAACUGUAAACCAAGAUUUUAAGCAUACAAUAUUUUAGAUAUUGUUCUGUUUUUAAAGAUAUAAAUUAUAAGUUAAGUGAUCAAAAAAUAAGGUUCAGAAGAUGUAUUAAACAUUACGUCUGAUUGAUUUAAUAGUUUCUGUUCACGAAAUUCGUAACAACUAUUAAAUACAAAUAAACAUGAUUAUGUUGCCUUCUGUUGCUUCUACACUUUAUAGAAAAUUCGGUAGACAUUAUGUUCAAGUAAAGCAUUAUAAUUCUUGCGUUGCGGCGUAUCGAGUAUUACAUCGAUACAAUGUUUUUACAGUAGAUAAAAAUAAACUGUACAGGUAUUUUCAUACAUCUGUAUAUUUCUAUGACAAAAGUGAAAUAAAAGGUGUUAAGGAUGUUAAGUUGAAUGCAAGUGACCUAAAAGAAACAGAAAAUGAUGUAAAACAGAAAGCAUUGGGUAACAUAAUAGUGAAGACCGAAACAGAUGCUGAUAAUGUAGUCACUAAGGUCACCAUAGAGAAGCCUAAGGUGCAAGAACCUGAAGCAAGUGUGAAGCAAGCUGUUGCACCACCAAAGAGAAAGAGACUUCUGAUUGAUUUUUCGGCUUCGUAUACUGAACGUAAUUUUAUAACACCUAUGCGAGCUAUGACUGAGUAUUUAUUGAAGCAAACAGACCUAGAGAGUUUACCAAAGGUGCUCCGAAGAAGUCCAUAUGAGUCUGAACCUCCUAUCACUGUGUACUACAGAAAAGAUGUUGAAGCUAAAGCUAUUGAGAUUUGGGGUUCCAAAGAUGCUCUUGAUAAAGAGUUACUAAGAAGAGAGUUGGAUAGAAGAAGAUAUGAACAAGAUGUAUUUACUGUAAAAAGAAGACUCCGAAACUACAGAAGAGAAAUGGGUCACAAGAGAUUAAAACAUGGCGUAGAAGAAAUGGGAUUAAAAACUGUUUCUGGCAGAGUAGUGUUGACAGCUAUUGGAAUAAAUGGAUGUAACUUUGUGUUCAAGCUUUGUGCUUGGCUGUACACUGGAUCACACAGCUUAUUCUCCGAGUGCAUACAUUCUCUCGCUGAUACUGUAAAUCAAUUGAUUUUGGCUUAUGGCAUACAUAAAUCAGUUCAAAUUGCUGAUCCCGAUCAUCCAUAUGGCUAUACCAACAUGAGAUAUGUUUCUUCCCUCAUAUCUGGAGUGGGGAUAUUCUGUGUGGGAUGUGGAUUGUCCUACUAUCAUGGAGUCACUGGAAUAUUAGAUCCACAGCCCUUGCAUGAUUAUUACUGGGCUUACUUUGUACUCGGGGGAGCUGUAGUGUCAGAAGGUGCUACUUUGAUGGUAGCCCUCAGUGCGAUUCGAAAAGGCGCCAAGGAGGCCCACAUGUCCUUGUAUGAAUAUAUAAUGCGGAGUUCGGACCCGUCGGUGAACGUGGUGCUGUUCGAGGACACGGCCGCCGUGGCCGGCGUGGUGGUGGCGGGCAGCUGCAUGGCCAUCUCGCAGUACACGGGCAGUCCGCUGCCCGAUGCCAUCGGCUGCAUCCUAGUGGGCACGCUGCUCGGCGGCGUGGCCUCCUUCAUCAUACUGAGCAAUGUUGGAGCCCUCGUGGGCAGGUCCAUUCCGCAAGAGCAGUUAGACGAAAUAAAUAGCGUGUUAGAAAGGGAUUUCAUGAUUCGGGCGAUACAUGACGUUAAGGGUAUUGAUAUAGGAAGCAACCUUAUUAGGUAUAAGGCGGAAGUGGAUUUCGAUGGCAGAGCACUGACUAGAUCCUAUUUAGAAAAACAUGAUCUAAAUAUGUUAAUGGAGGAUAUGAAAAAAAUAGAAACGAUUGAUGACGUAGAAUCAUUCCUGCUCAAGCACGGUGAAAAUAUUGUUGACAUGUUGGGCGGCGAGAUCGAUAGGAUAGAAUUGAAAUUAAGGAAAAAGUUCCCGCAAAUUCGGCACUGUGAUUUAGAAAUAUUAUAAUCGCAUUAUAACGGUAGUAGCUAGAUAUUGUUAAUCAAUGAAAUAUUCACGAGGAUCCUUCGCUUGCGUACUGAGCGCCGUUAUUUAAAAAUACUGUUUUAAAUUGAUUGCAAUAAUAUUUAAGAGUAUUAGUAUUGUUGAUAAAGUCGGACCAUAGAUGUAGUUCCAGACACCAUUGACGGUGUCUAUUGCUAAGGACAUUAAUAUUGGACAAUGAGAUGCUAACAGGGGCAGAUUUGAGCCUGCACUCACACUUCAUUCACAAUUUCGUUGUUACCAACAUAAUAGCUGAAGCCCGCGACUUCGUCCGCGGGGAUUUAGGUUUUAAAACCCAGUAGUAAUUCUUUGAUUUUCCGGUAUAAAAAGUAGCCUAUGUCACUCUCCAUUAGUGUACUCAACUAUGCAUUAAUGACACUCUUUCGCCACUCGCGCCGCGAUUGUUUCGCUUGGAUGUCUGCGACCAUAGACAAUACAAAUUUUAUUAUUAGAUGUCAUAUAUUAGAUGAUAGAUUAUUAUAGAUGUUAUAUACUCGAUCAAUCCGUUUAGCUUGGAUGACAAAACAAAACCGACAUCAGAUGGGAAACAUGAAGUUCACACGCGAAGCUCACAUUGUUUCUUAGCGUGAGUGAAGCCAUUUAUUGAGUAAAAUACUUAAUGUAACGACUAACAACAUUAAAGUCCAGCACUCAUUAUAUUUAGUAACCAAUUUGAUUAUUGGUUUAAAUAUUUAGAUUUUAACUAUCUAAAUCAGAGAUUAAAUCAACGUCUUUAGUAAAAGCGGGAUGGGAGCGUUGUAAAACAAACACUUGACACGUCUUUUUGAAAAGAAUUUGCAGAGACGCGCGCGAAUAGAGAUAGAGAAGGGAGGCGAGGGCUAGUGGAUGCCAGCCGGCAAAGACGGCGCGCCCGCAAAGAAAUUAAAGGGUACAGCGACAUGAAACUGCACAUUAUUAUUCCUACCCAUCUAGAGAGCAACUAGACCAACCAUUAUAACUUAGAAAACCGGUUAAGUACGAGUCGGACUCACACAGAAGGGUUUUGUACAUUAUACAAGUUAUUACUUAUUUAGUUUUCAUGUCGACCAUUUUGAAAUUUUUAUUAUUUGUUGGUGUAGCGGCAAUAGAAGUACACACUCUGUGAAAAUUUCACCUCUAUGAAUUACGGUUCAUGAGAUACAAACCGCUGACAGACAGACGGACGCAUACUGGAGGCUUAGUAAUAAGGUCCCAUUUCGGGUACGGAACCCUUAAAAGAGGCAAAUGAUUUAAUCAUUUACGUAGGUAGGUACAUAAAACAGAAGGUAAAUAUAAAGGAAAACGCAUAUUAUAUACUUACGUAUUUCACGAUUUAAAUCUUUGGUCUAGUAUAAAUAAUUUAGUGUUGAAUGUAAUGUUUAAUGUAGGUACUUGAAUAUUAUUGGUAUAAAACUGUGAUUUUUGUUGUAUAUAGAUCUUAAUUUGUAAGUAUAACAUACAUAGCUAUAAAUCUAAAAAUGUGUAAAAUAUAAACUGUAAAUAAAUGCUGUUAAAUUA